CCAGUCCCCAGCGGGUCAAAAGCGUCUUUGCCUUGGUCGUGGCCCUCUUUCCUUUCAUCGCAGUCGGCUCGUCGUCCAUCUGGGUCUCAACCAUGUUUGCUGCUCGCACCGUCACCCGCCCUGUUGUCGCCAUCAACUCGGUGCUUGCCAUCCAAGCCCGUGAUAUGGCCACCUUGAAGGAGAUCUCGCUUCGCUUGAAGUCGGUCUCCAACAUCGCCAAGAUCACCAAGUCCAUGAAGAUGAUUGCUUCCACCAAGGUUGCUCGUGCCCAGCGCAUUAUGGAAAACGCCCGUGUCUACGGUGUUGCCUCCAAUGCCUUCUUCCAGCACGCUGAGACUGCUGAUCCUGCCGAUGCCAAGCCUGUGCUUGUCACCGUCUCGUCCGAUCGUGGUCUCUGUGGCGGUAUCCACUCCAGCGUCUCCAAGGCCACCAAGAAGAUCGCUGCCGACUACAAGGAUGCUGGCAUCGUCAUUCUCGGCCAGAAGGCCAAGGUUCAGAUCGCCCGUGACCACCGCGACAACAUCCAGCUCACCUUUGACCAGGUUGCCAAGAACCUGCCCUCCUUCACCGAGGCUGCCCUCAUUGCCGACCGUAUCCUGAAGAGUGGUCUGGAAUUCAACGCCGGCAAGAUCGUCUACAACAAAUUCGUUUCCGUCAUUGCCUACGAUGCCACCGUCCUGCCCUUCUACAACUUCCAGUCCAUUUCGGAGUCUCCCAAGCUCUCCAACUACGAGUACGAGGACGAGACCCUCAAGAACCUCGAGGAGUUUACCCUCUCCAACAGCCUGUACUGGGCCAUCGCCGAGGGCAACGCUGCCGAGAUGGCUGCCAAGAGAACUGCCAUGGAGAACGCUACCAAGAACGCCGACGAAAUGAUCCAGAAGCUCACCCUCAUCUACAACCGCUCCCGUCAAGCCAGUAUCACCAACGAUCUGAUUGACAUCAUUACUGGCGCCAGUGCCAUGUAAAGACGCCAUCCAACUCCGGGAGAGUCGAGUCGGGUGAUCCUCGUCGACCCCACGCCGCUCAUACACUCGUUGCCACACUCUGUGCUAAUUGAACGGGGCCACUUUGCUCUGGGGCCUGAAUACACACAUGCCCAUCCAUCCGCCA